GAUGACGUUAUUUCAGUUUCCGGAAGUCGCCGGAAGUGUGUAAGUCCGUGUAGGAGAAUGUCCGGGCUGCUGAAGAAGGUUGGUGUAAAGGUCAAAGUUGGUUUAAUUGGAGUAUUUCAAUGAAGUUAGCGCUUAUGUUCUUUAACAAAAGGUUGAAUUAGAGGGUUUCUGCGCAGAUAUCUGUCUGUAAAUAUUUAAAGUGAAUCUCUGUAGUUUGAUAGACACGCCGUUAGCUGUUAGCUGUGAUGCUAACUCGGUUUUUAUUGAUCACAGCUGAUCAAUCUUUCCUCCAAUAAUCAGGACUUUUAAUGAGGAUUUAUGAGCCUUAAACUCUCGGAGGGUCUGAAGUUUUCUGUCCGGUUUAAAUAACACGGAGAUCCCAGGAUAAUGUUUAUUUUUAUUAUUAACUUACUGUUAUUUUUAUAUUAUUUAUUUAAUUUGGAUGAAUAUAUUAUUGUAAAUAUAAUCAUUAUUAUUAAUAUAAUGAAUUUUAAUAUUUUAUAAUAUUAUUGAUAUUUUAUUAUUUAUGUUACCUUUAUUUGUAUUAAUGUAUUAUUUUAAAUAUUACUUUUUUAUUAUUACUCAGUAUGUUCUUAUUGUUGCUGUUAUAUUUAGGUUAGUGUUAAUAAUUGUUUUUGUUACGUAUAUAAUUAUAUCAAAUCAGUGGAUCAAUCAUCAUGAUAAAUUGAUCUCUCUUUACACACACACACACACACACACUAAAUGCUGCUCUGGUCGUGUGUAUCGAUGAUCAAACAUGAAGCCCAAUAGUUAAAACACAGCAGAGCUCAGUGUGAGACAGUAAAGGUGUGUGUGUGUGUGUGUGUGUGUGUGUGUGUGUGUUUGCAGAGGUGACAUGAAUGUUUCAAGUGUUCAUCCUCUGCUCUAAAGAUGAGUUAAUGAGCGAAUGAGACAGAUCAUGUGACACCAAGUAAACGAGUGUCUCUCCUCUUCUCCAACAGACGACGGGCCUGGUCGGCCUCGCAGUGUCCCAGAAUCCACAUGAGGUGAGCGUCAACACAACAGUGUGUGUGUGUGUGUGUUUCAUUUCAGAGUUCUUCAGUGUUUGUCAGAUCGACCGUUUCCUCUUUUGUCCCCUCAGCGUCUGAGGAUCCUGUACUCGAAGAUCCUGGCGUCCCUGCAGACCAUGCCUCAGGACGCCGCCUACAGGAAGUACACGGAGCAGCUGAUCAGUGAUAAAUUCACCCACGUGAAAACGGUAAAGCAGCUCCAGCUGAAGAGUCUAGUUCUGUCCUUUUCAUCACAGUAAAGGGUUAAUUUUCUCUCUGGGUAGGAGGCAGUUUGUUUCUGUCUUCAUACACCCGUCUGUGAAAGUCUGUCCCACAUGAUAAAUCAAACAUGUACAGACCAGCAGUAAAUAACACUUGUGUGUAAAUAUAUAUUUGUUUUUACUCCUAAGUUUCUUCAUCCUUUAAUUUCUCGUUGUUGUAUUUAUAUGCUGCUGAUGACUUCCCCCCUGUGGCACUAAUAAAUGAAUAUCUUAAAUGUAUUGAUACAGUGACUGAGUUAAUGUCAGACCAGCUGACACACUCAGGUGUGUGUUUGUCUGUGUUUACAGGAGCCUGACGUGGGGAAGCUGGAGCAGAAGAUCAACUGUGGGCAGAUCGAAGAAGUGAUUUUCCAGGUGAGUCUCGUCACUCUUUCUAAUGUUUCACACAUGCGUGUGGUCGCCAUGGUGACAUCAGCCUGUCUUACUCUGGUGAUCUGGGCUGUUUUUCGAUGACAUCUGCUGUCUGUCUGAAUCAGGACUUCAGGGGGCUGCUGGUACAGGACCCUGUUGUUAAUGGUCCCUGAUGUGAUUGGAGGACACAUUUCCAUGUCUUCAAUCAUGUCAUUAAACCUCUAUCAUGUUCAUGUCCUCAUCAAUGCUCUCCUCUGAUGCUCGCCAGAUUGAACCACUUAGUGCUGUUAUCAUAGGAUGACCUUUCACCCCGGUUUGAUUAGGACCGUCCUGUUUUCAAGCUUUGUGUCUCCAGUCCUGACAGAAAACAAUCUGUCCUGAUUGUAACCGCUCAAAAAUAUCGACAUGCAGUACUCAACGCUGAUCUGUCCACUCAAGCUUUAAUGAGAGCGUCAGUCAGGAUGUUUAUUGGUGUCUGAAAAGCGUGUCCUUCUCUCAGUGAUAUUACGAACAAUAAUCAGUGUGUUGAAAAUCAGCCUGAUAACUGUGUGUGUGUGUGUGUGUGUGUGCGUGCAGGCGGAGUGUGAGCUGGCUCUGUCCAGGAAAAUGUCGGAGUGGAAGCCCUGGGAGCCGCUGGUCGAGGAGCCUCCUCCAAACCAGUGGAAAUGGCCCAUCUGAAUACACCCUGUAUGUGUGAGUGUGUUUAUGCUGUACAAAAUAAAACUCCUUCAUUAUUUACCAAUUUAU